AAAGCCGGCUGCUGAUUGGUUACUGCUGCGCCUUCUCUCCCAUAACGCAGCGCGCCGCUGACGGGUGAACCAUGAUGGCGGCGCCCAGCGUUCCCUGCAUGAGCGGCCGAGCUAUGUCUGCCGGGGCUGAAACCAGUUUCCGGAGGAAGGUGCGGGGAAAGCUCCCGGCCAUACGGGGAACCCGGCCUUCUGUGCACAAUGGGCAGCUGCUGGUGUCCUCCGGCGUUUCGGCCCUGGAUCAUAUCUUAGGUGGUGGUCUAGCUGUUGGAACGCUACUUCUGAUUGAGGAAGAUGCCUACAGCACAUACUCCAAUGUUCUUCUCAGAAACUUCCUGGCUGAAGGAGUGGUCAGCGGGCAUGAAGUCUUUGUUGCAUCUGCCGGCGAGGAUCCGCACACAAUUUUAAAGAAUCUUCCAGAACCCCUUACAGAUGAAAUUCCUAAGCAAGAUGACCACAAAAGUGGAAAAAGAAGUCCCGGAUUGGGAGAUGACGCUAUGAAAAUAGCUUGGCGCUAUCAGAACUUGCCAAAAAUGGAGUCUCUUCCUGUGUCUGCCUCCAGGUUUGGCCAUUAUUACGACAUGUCGAAAACAAUGAGUCCAGAUAUGUUGCAGACUGUGAAGACGCACGGCUUCUAUCUCCCACAUGUAACUCCUCUGGAGGGCACUUAUGGUUCAUCCAGCGAAGUGUCCUGUGAUUACCUCCAGCUUCUCCAGUGUAUCCAGCGCGUGGUUCACCAGGGAGGGUUUGACGGAUCCAGCCCCCAGACAGGCCAGAAGAACAUCCUGCGGAUUGGUGUCCAGUCUUUGGGAUCGGUGCUGUGGGGUGAUGACAUCUGCAGCGAUGAGUGCCCGCACAAUCUGCACAGCCUGACCAGGUUCCUGUAUGCCCUCCGAGGUCUCCUCCGGGCAUCUCUGUCAGUGUGUGCCAUCACACUGCCGGCACAUCUCAUCCAGAAUAAAGCAAUUACGGUGCGUGUAAGAAACUUGUCAGAUACGGUAGUUGGCCUUGAAUCAUUUAUCGACUCUCAGAGGGAAUCCAAUCCAUUAUACAAAGACUAUCAUGGUUUACUGCAUGUCCAUAGGAUCCCUCGACUUAACAGUUUGACUGCUGAUGUGUCAGACACCAAGGACCUGGCUUUUAAGUUAAAAAGAAAGAUUUUCAGUAUUGAGGUGGACAAACACAAUUAAAGGCUGGUCACUUAUUGUUCCGACACUGUUUGAAAUAGUCUCCGAGUACGAUGCUUCUGCCAAAACCGGCUGUGUAUGCUGAAGAAGACAAGCUUUUCAAAGUCUGUGCAGUCCAGUAUAAUCUAAUGAUUCUCUUACACCUCCCUUACUUAACAGUGUCAUGGAAAGUAAGGAUCCGGCCAUUCAUAAUUUACAUGUCAUUUGCUGCUUCAUAUUGUGUGAAAUUUAAUUACACAGCUUAAAUCGUAGCCAGUGCUCGUUUGUCUCGGAGAGUGCUCACAAUAAGGCAUUGAUCUGGGUCCAGCAUUCACUCCUAGUCCGUCUUUUAUGAAAUCACCUUCUGGUGCGGCCAUCAAGUCUGGCCAGUUGUUCUUUUCACUCCAUUGUAAGGAAAAUGAGAGAAUUUGACCCCCAUUUUCAUUUAAAAAUCCAGGGCAUCAUAUAAAGGCUGCAGCUUGAAAAGAUUUUAUUCAGCACGCCAUCACAAUAGAAUAUACAGAUAAAUUUUCUGAAGGUAAUGACAGCCUGCCCGGGUACUCCUAGCUCUGUAAUAGUU